AAGACGCUACGAUACCAGAUAGGUCUGUUAAAAUAUCGUAUAGCAAAACUACGUUAACGCGGUAAUAAAUAUACCUUGCGUAUAGUUUUAAUUACACUCGUCACGGAAUACUUUUACGUCUGACUAUUUGAAAAGAAAGACCUAUUAUUAACGAAAAAUAAAAAUUUCUCAUUGGAAUAAAACAUUUUAUGUAGAUACGUACCAAAUGCAUAUUUAAUGACUGACAUUUUUUAAACAAAGUGCUACGACGAAUUACUUGGUACAUACAUACAUAAGUCUUAAGUAAACUAUCCAGGCGCAAAUAUACGUUUAUUAGUGACCACCCUUGAAAUCGCGAACACAAAGAAAAACACAAGUGGUACCGAUUCAGCUUUGAGCAAAAUCACACUAUGGGAACUUAUCGUUUCUUUAUAGUUCUUCUGAUAGCGUAUAUUACGUUUUACAUUCCAGCAACAUAUAGUACUGAACAUCGGCCAAUUAUAAUAUGCACUACAGAAGAAUGUAUAAAUACAGCUUCAGAGAUUUUAUCGAAACUCGAUCGUGCCGUUGAUCCUUGUGACAAUUUUUACAAAUUUGCUUGUGGAGGAUGGUUACAACAUAACCGAGCGAAUUUGUCAUUCCCAAAAGUUAACAUCUUCUCACUGCUCAAAAGAAAGACAGAGAAUCAGAUUCGAGAAAUGUUAGAAGCACCGAACAAGCCAAAUGAUACUUUGUCUUUGCUAAAAGCAAGACAAGUAUUCGCGCAAUGCAUGAAUCACAAUACUGACAAAAAUACAAGUAGUAAAACAGUCGAAAUGACCAGCUCCAACACUGUGGAAGCAAAUAGUAUUGCACGUGCCGAGAUGGACGAAAGUAGUAGACAAAGUAAUGAAGACGAUACGAAGUGGAAAAAAUGCGUGGACAAUGUUAGUAUGUAUAUUGCAAUUUUGCAUGAAUAUGUCAAGAAAUACGCAUCCCAUCUAGAGAAUCCAGAAUACCUAGAGGACAUUAGAAAGAUAGCCGCGGACGUUCACAACGUCGUUCGAGAACAAAUAAGAAAUUCUACGUGGGUAGACCAAGGUACAAAAGAAGCGUUUCUUGAAAAACUUGAGCAUAUAAAGUACGAAUUUAUUAAACCCGAGUGGUUCAGCGACGAAGCUAUAGAUAGAUUUUAUGAAGGCUUGAAUGUCAGUAGGCCAUAUUUCUUAAAUUUAUUAAAUGUAUAUAAGUACGAGAAAAUUAAAGUUUUGAGCUUAUGGAACUCCGACAAUACCAUUUUUUCGCCGUCGCUAUUGGAAUCGAUGUCACCGCAAUUAUACUAUGAUAAAAAAAACAAUAAAAUUGUCGUCACUGCUGUUUUAUUACAAAAACCUGUAUAUGACAGAUAUCGUCUUCCAAUAUUGAAUUACGGUGCGCUAGGAUUUAUUAUUGGACAUCAUAUCACUCAGUUGUUUGAUGACAAUUGUGUCUUAGAUAACAACGUCACGUAUUCGGAGAGGAUUCUGCCAUUGUACAAAAAUAUAACGCAAUGUUUCAUCGACCAAUACAAUGAUUACCUGAUUUCGGGAGUAGAAGAUAAAGUUAUUCGCGUGAACGGAUCGUUAACGUGUCCAGUGAACAUGGGCGAUUCUGCUGGAAUUGUUGCUGCGUAUCACACAUAUAAAAACUGGAAAGCAGAUCUACAAGAAACUGAAUACCGAUUAAAAGGCCUAGAGCAUUACACCGAUGAUCAGAUUUUUUUUCUGACUUAUGCUCAAUUUUUCUGCGAAACUGUUCUGCCGGAACAUGUACAUAACAAUAUUGUUCAAAACAAACACUUGUUAAUGGAAAUUAGAGUUCGCGGCAGUCUAUCGAACUCUCGUAAAUUUUCCGAGGUAUACAAUUGCCCUCUGGAAACUCCAAUGAAUCCAAAGAAGAAGUGCGCACUUUGGUUCUAAACCGAGGAGUAAUGAGAUAAAAAA